GAACCCAUCCGUCCACUCAGCUUAGACAUGAAGCUGGUUAUAGUGCUAUUCCUUAUAGCCUGCGGCUAUGCUGCGAAGUUGGAUAGGACGUAUUUACCACCACCUGGUGCUGCUACAGCUGGGGGCAGCCCAGGGUCCUUAAGUGCCCCUGGUCAGAGCUUUGGACAGCAGGCUCCAGGAUUCCAAGGGUCUCAGGGUGGACCUAGCCAGGCCGGUAACUUUGGUGGAGCCUCAUCUGGAUUUGGGCGUCCUGGAUCUAACCAGCCAUCUGGUUCUUCUGGAUUUGGCAAUGCUGGAUCAUCAGGAUUCGGACGUGGCUCCAACCAGCCCUCUGGAUCAGGAUUCGGACCUGAAUCCAAUCAACCUUCAGGAUCUGGAUUUGGCAGCAACGCUGGUUCAUUCGGCCGUCCUUCUGGACAAGCUGGACCUCAGGGUUUCCAGCCUACUGGCUCUGGCGUGCAACCUCCUUCUUCCCAGCUUGGAUUUAACGGACCCCAGCAGCCUGAGCGUCCUCAAGCGGCCGCUGACAGGACCGCUGAAAUCCUCAGAUACGAUAACGAGAAUGAUGGUGAAACCUUCUCCUACAACUUCGAGACCUCGAACGGUAUUUCUGCUGAGGAGUCCGGAGUAGCAACCAAUGGUGUCCAGGCUCAGGGUGGUUUCUCGUACACUGGUGAUGAUGGGCAGUUCUACAAGAUCACGUACACGGCUGACGAGAACGGCUACCUGCCCCAGGGUGACCACCUGCCGACGCCUCCCCCGAUCCCUGAUGAGAUCCUGAGGUCCAUUGAGGAGAACGCGAGGGCUGCUGCUGCUGGAACUCAAGAAGGUGCCUACAACCCCGAAGAAGACAACGCCCCCGUUUACAACGCUCCCACCUUCAACCAAGCCCAGCAGUCCAGCUCCAACGGCUUCGGACCUUCGGCUUCCGCGGGACCUUCUGGACAUUUUGGUUCUCAGACCGGUUUCAACCAGGGCUCGACCCAAGGAAGUGCUGGACUAGCUGGACAGACCGGUUUCAACCGUCCCACCCAAGGUUUUGGCCAAGCACCUCAAACCCAGUUCAAUGGUAACCAAGGAUUCUCUGGUCAACGUGCUCAGGGUCAAAACGGCGGUCAGGCUGGUUAUGACUACUCUAGGCCCCAGAAUCAGGGACGUCAGCCUAAUGGAAAUGCCAACGCUAUCCCAUCUGGACCCUUCAAGCCUUCCGGCCCUCAGAACCAGGCCAGACCUUUCCAGAACCAGCCCUCAGGUCAAGAUAGACCCUUCCCUGGACAAAACCAGCCGUCCGGCCCAGCUUCCAACCAAAGACAAUACCUGGCUCCCGAGCCUCAGCAGCGUCAGCCUGGUAACCAAGGAUCAGCUCCUCAAUCAUUCAACCAAGGUCCCCGAGGUCCCCAAGGUUCCCAAGGUCCCCAAGGUCCCCAAGGUUCCCAAGGUCCCCAAGGUCCCCAAGGUCCCCAAGGUCCCCGAGGCCAAGGUCAGGGCUCUACCCAGUACAACCAGAACCAAAUUGGAUCUGGAUCGCAGCCUAGCCGCGGACCAUCUACCUUUGGCCAGAACCGUCCAUCUAACCAGCCUUCCCAAGGUUCCCCAGCUCAGAGAGGUCCUCAGGGUCCGCAAAGCCCGAGAGGUCAGGGCAACACUCAACAAGACGGAUAUGAAUACAACCGACCUCAAAACGGUUUCAACGCCGGCAGCCAAUCCCGGCCUCAGGGUCCUAGCUCAAGACCUCAAUCUGCUUUCCCUGGCUCAAGCUCUCAAGGUCAGCCUGGAUUCCCUGGUGCUCCAAGCCAGACUGGUUUCCCUGGUGCCCAAGGGCAGUUCCCUGGAGCUAACCGCCCAGCGGCGCAAGGACCUCAAGGUUUCCCCGGUUCCCAGUCUCCCAGAGGUCAGGGUCAGCCUCAAAGACCCCAGGAAUCUUUCAAAGGACCCCAGCAGAAACCUAGCUUCAGCCCUGAAGAAGGAUACAAAUACUAAAUAGCCAAAGGAUGAUAGCUCAUAUGAAUACUAGUACGGCAUUAGAAAAUAAACAAAAAAAGUUACUCUGUACGUAGUUUUAUGUUGUACAUAGUAAGUUUAAUGUUUUGUCACUAUGUGAUAGAAGGGAAUUAAAUUAUGCAAUUUUCGAAAGCGAAAA